UGUUGAGUCACCGCGUGAUCGUAGCUACAUUAUAACGCCUCGUUUCUUUGUUCGAUUUCGCCCAAAAAUCGGUCCAAAUCCUUAAACAUUUUUACAUAUUCGGUUCGGCCGCGUCGAGACCUAUCUAAAUCUGUUGAAAAAUCGCCGGAAAAUCGCCAUUUUCUCGUCGAAUUUCCAUUAUUUUUACUGCCAGGUUCCGUCGUUUCUGUGGCGAACAUCUGUGUCGCGGACCGGUUCGGAAGCAGUCGGGCGUCGUCGUAGCAGUCGCUGAUGGAGUACGUGCUUUCGUCGGAACAGAAAAGCAAGCGUUUUGUAUAGGUGGCGUUGUUACCGUUCAGGGACAAUCAGUGACAAUCAUCCAGCGCCCCAAAUGACAUGGCCACCAGAGUUAAGAAGCAACCAAUGGCGCCCAAGGAGGUAGCCUCGUCGCCCUCCACCAGCCACGCCAAAAACGAGGGUGCCGUGGACGCCACGUCCAAGGGACCUGCGGGCAAGGUUCAGAACGGACCCGGAAUAGGCAAGAAGAUGACCAAGAAAGAGGCUAAGAAGGUCGUCACGAAGAGCGUGCCUUUGAAGGCGAAGGCCAAAACGAAACGGGCAGCUCUCAAGAUCAAUCCGAAGAGUUUGGCCAGGGUACUGAUGGAAAACGGCAAAGCUACGGAUGCAAAGAAAGUGUUACUUAAAAACGGCUUGAAAGAAGUAAAACGUGGUCGCAAACCGAAAGCGCUAAAGAAACUGGAAGAAGCGGCGCCGGUUCUGGAGCCGAUCUUUCCUCAAGAGGAAAACGUGGAAGUUAAGAAAACACCCCGUAAGCGGGGUAAGAAACCCAAGGUUCCUGCUUUGAUACCCAUUAAAGGCAUCAAAACAGAACCGGAGGAUGUCCCGGAGGUUCCAGAGGAAGAGAUGGACGUGCCUAUGCCUAGUGAAGCUAGUCCAAAAACUGUAGGCAGGAAACCUGGAAGACAGCGUAAAGUAAAAACCGAAGCAUCCAUAGAAGAAGUAAUGAACGACCUCUCGUACCUUAUAAAAGUGGACGAAAUUAAAAAAGAAGAAAUCGUGCCUCCAUUAGAACCGAACAAGACUGAUGCGACCAAGCCGAAAAAACUGAGCAAGAAGCAGCGUUUCGAAUUGUUAAAGAGAGACCUAGUCAAAAAAGAGAAUAUUGAGAAUACUCUCAGCAAACUAGAUCCGGCAGAUACGAAAAUAAUCGAUCGGCUUGAUCUAAACGUGAGGAGAAUAAAACCAAACCCUUCGGUUGUGAAAAGAAGACAUAGCAUAGAGAAGUUUUCUGUUUCUCCUAUAGAUCCUAACACGGAGGCGCUGUUGCCGCAGUUGUCAGUUUUUAAUCAUUUACCAAGGUGCAUUAGUCCUAGAACGUCAAAACGAAACGCCAAGUUAGGGCUUAAAAGGCCAAGUCCAUACAGUACUCGGUCUGACUCUCCCGCGCGUAUACUGCGCAACGGCAAACACCGGAAACUGAAGGAUUUGGCGUUUUUUGACGGAUUGGAAGAUGUCAAACGCCGGAAACGAAUGCAUUCGGAGCUCAGCGGGAGCGAGACAGCUUCCAAGAUGUCCGGAUAUGACUCGGAUAGCAGUUUUUCCGACCUGGCUUCGCUGCAUGGUAGUGAAAAAGAUACCGAGGUAGCGAGAAGUAGUAAUAAAGAUGAUGUUAGUUUACUAGCAGAAGAUUCUUCUAACUUAGAAUCUAAGAACGAUUCAGAUUCCGCACUCAACAAUGGCAAUCUAGAACAACAAGAACCUGACAAACAACUAAUAGAUACUAAUUCGAACGUAUGCAGAAAUACGAACGAAUCGGUAGAUGUGAAUUUAAAUUCAAAAGUCGCUAAAAAAGUUCCACCGCCUGAAAAUGUACCUGUAGAGGAAACACCCAGUACCAAGGUGCCCGAGAAGGGUUUUAUUUUGGACAGCAUGAAGGAAAUAUUCAACAAAGUUACGGAGAAAGAUGAAGAUCAGGCAGUUUUGGAAAAUGAACCUUCUGACGUUGGUACUGCAUUGCCAAAUAAUGAAGUAGCUGGUCUGGAAAUUCAGAAUAAUGUUCAAACCGAAAAUGAAGCCUCAUCUGUAUUACAAGGCGAGGAUGAAAUUUUAGAAGAAAAAUUGUCCGUGCCUGUGCAAGAGAACGAUUUUCCUUCUUUGGGCGAUGAUUCGUGCUUACAAAAUACAGGUUCAACUAAUACGGCGACUUUCGAAAAAACUAUUCAGGAUUGUAUUGAAGAUAUUGGGAUGUUUUCGCGGGAUAGACCUCAUCUCGUACCAGCGGAACCACCAAAUUUGGAGAAGGAACCUAUAACUAUAUCUGAAUUGGAACGAGAUGAAUCGCUACCCAUUAUCGACAACAUGACCGAGGUGGCCUUUGCACCGAAUUUGGAAAAUUUGGAAAACUUGGAACCGCCCCAUUUGGAGUCCAACGUGCUUCCGGAGAAAAUCAUAGAGAAUCAGAUCGAUCUGACCGACGACGACCCGUCUGACCCGGUUAAACUGGGCAUAGCAGUGCGGGAGGAGAACAACGUCGUUUCCUUUUCCAUCGAGGAAUUGACAGAUGACGUCGAAGAGCACGAUCAGCACGAUCAGAGCAAUGAAGGGUUGGUCCAAACCGCAAACGAUAGCAAUAAGAUGGACGAGGACGAGCCACAAGCAAUCGAUAAUCAGGAGGCAAUGGAGACAGAUCAAAAUGAAGAACAACAGCCACAAGAGUCUAGUAAAAUUGUAACGCAGGAAAAUGAUCAUGUCAAUGAAAUGCAUGUGGACGACGCAAAUGUUAGUGAAAAGAUAACUGACGUUGAAGAAAAAACAAAUAAUGAAGAGACUAAUAUCAUCCAAGAAGAAGAGAAAUUCGAAGAAGAAGAGAAAUUCGAAGAUGAAGAGAAAUUCGAAGAAGUAGAGAAAGUGGAAGAAAAAGAAGUGGAGCAGGCAGUGGAAAAGGCUGUGGAAGCCGACGUUAACGAAGAAUUAGUGGAUAAUACAGUAGAUGAUACGGUAAAUAAUGAAAAUGUAACAAAUACGGACUUGGUGCAAGUUGAGCAGCUGGAGGGAGCAAAAAUGACUGAAAACGAAUGUGAUAUUGAACGUACUGAAAUUGAAAAUAAAGACGUAGAUGAUAGAGAAGUUGCAAUAGAAUCUCCGGAGGAAUUGGCACAAAAAGAAAAUAUUUUGAACGCUCUCGGUCUACAAAGAGCAAAAGAAGCGAAGAUACAAAAGUCCAAAGAGAAGGCCUCCACUUCAAACACUAAAAACGAUAAUUAUACAGGAACUCUGAAAACUGUGAUAAAAAUUAACAAAAAGAAAGGCAAGAACUCGUUGAAAAUGACGUUGCAGAAACAUAAAAGCAAAGGAGAUGACGCUAAUGCUGCCGAAGAUGGAUACAAGAUUAUGAAAGAGGGUGCUUCCACUUCAUGGAAACACAACAAAGAUUCUUCUGAUACAGCUGGUGCGCAUCGAAAAUCACAUUAUUCUAAUCGAUCUAACAUGGAUGGAAGUAGUGAACACACUUCGGACGGUGAACCGCCACCAACCGAUAAAUCUGAUCCGGAAAAAUCGUUGGUUAUACCGGAAAAGGCGAGUUCUUUCAGCAUCCAUCCGGGCAGGCUUUGCAAGGACGAAUGUUCGUACUGUUUCGGCAAGUUUGGACUGUUUGACACGCCCUGUCACAUUGCUCAAAUGAAGAGCACUGAAAGACAAAAUAAAAUUCUUGCAAGUGAAAAACACUUAACCAGAGAUUCGUGCUUAUGUGACGCCUGCUACAGACACGUGGAUCGCAAAUCAAAUUCGCCCUCUUACAUAAACAAAUCCUUAAAACGAAACUCUUUGGUCGCGCCCGGACCCAGACAGAACCAUUGUCACGUGCUCGGCUGUAACAACGUCUCCAACAAUAUCCUACGUCGCAAGUGGAUCAUUAAAAUGCGAAAAAGUAUCUGCCAAGCGGUAAGGGGAUCACAAUUCAACAUUAAUAUCGAUCUGGACAAUCCCGGUCUGCAUUCGAUUCCGCUUUGUGAUGAGCACUUCACUGCCUUAGAACAUUUGAUGGUGUGCGCCAUGUGCAAGAGGCGCUUGGCCAGGAAUCACAUACAUUAUUUGGGGCCGGAGGUUAAGGAACUCAACGAGGCUUUGAAAGAUGAUGGUAUUCCUAUCUAUUUAUCAGACAAACCAGUAGUAUGUAAGUUAUGUAAAUGUUUUGCAUUGAUAAUCUUGAAAGACCCAGAGGAGAGGGCAGAAAAUAGUGUUAACUUUUAUACAGAAUAUAAGAAAAGACUGUUACAUUUUAAUGAUAUUGUUCCAAUGGACGCAGCUGCAGCUGAAGAACCCAUUGUAGUACCGAGCAAAGGUGAAAAAAAUAGUGAGAAAAAAGAAAGUGAUAAAGAGUCCGGUAAACGGAAAAAAAGGACGCGCAAUUCUUCAAACGAAACAAGUAAUAGUGGGAAAGAAGGCCAAGAAGACAGAGAUGAGAGAGAAGAUACAGAAGAAGGGUCUAGCGAUCGCGCAGAUGGUAAAAAUAUUCCAAAUGACAAUCAAUCAGAGGAAGGAGAUGAAUAUUCAAGCAUUGAUUACAACACCCUUAUUCCGGCGAUAGCUAUGGAGUGUCCUAGCGAUAACGAAAGUAAGAAAGACUACUCCAAGAAAUUUAUUGGUUUGUCGAAGAGUACGCCUAGAAUGGAAUCGAUCGGUAAUUCUUUGGAGAUAUCAAGAGGCGGGAAGUUGAAAUACGACAUAAACAAAUACAAUGAUUUGGCUGCGCAAAAGUUGGGACAGAAUCCGUCUAUAUCGUUGAAACCAAACUAUUCGGCGGAUAACGAGCAGGAGUUGUGGAGUAAACCUCCGAGCAAUCUCAUCUCCAAUCCUGCUAUAUCCGUCAGACAGCUCUUCCCAGGCGAAGAAGAAUUGGGCCUAUCUGCCCACAUCGACUUUAAGAACGUGGUAGAGCGCACGCCUGAAGGAUGGGAAAAAUGCGUUUCCACGAUACAGUACGACGAAGAAACAAAAUUACUGUGGCAAGAACUGCAAAAACCGUACGGAAGCAAAAGUAGUUUCUUGCGGCACUUAAUUUUGUUAGAGAAGUAUUUUAGAAAUGGUGAUUUAAUUCUAUCACCAACAGCAAGUCACCACGCAAUCAACUAUCGCGAAAGCGUGCAUAAUCGCUUGCGCGCUUAUGACAACAUACCAUCCAACGCUUCUAAUAUGCAGCCAAUGAGUAUGGCCAGUUUCAACAAAGUAAACAAGAAUAUUGGACAGUCUGGUUCCAACAAUCUACCACCGGUUUCUAUAAGUCAAGUGGGAAGGGAAAGCGCUACUGCUAAAUCAUCUUCGAAAACGCCUAUAACCUUACAACAGUUAAGUCAGCCACCGCUGCUUAUGCAAUCUAACGUCCUUCAAGCUUUAUCAUCGAAAGGCAAGACUACUGCAGCUCCACCUGGAUUGAUAUCUCUUCACAGUAGCACUGCGCGAUCUUCUACGGUCGUCAGGAGCCAGCCGCAAAGCCAAAAAAUCAAGUUUCCCAUUACGAAGAAUUGGAGACCAAACUUGAUACCUAUCGAUCCAUCCAAAAGAAACGAGCGUAAACCUGGACUAGUGCAGGUUAUCUCCGGCGGUAAACCUUACCAUAUCACCCUCGAAGACUACAAGAAAAUGUGCGCCAUCAAGCGCAGCUUCGAAGCCAAACAAAAAAAACUCCAAGAACAGCAGGGCGCCAAGCAAGGCCAGCGGUCUGUGAUGGUAUCGCCCAAUUCCGUACUGAAAAGCGCGGUCUCCAAAAAAGGACUGGUCAUUAGCAAAACGUCAGGAGGUACAGUGACCGAAAACAAACCCAUAAGUAUAGUAGCGAGCGCUCCUACUCUACUGUCAAAUGCUAGCGGCGCAACCGACUCGAGCAGCGAAUCGAUUCUAGACAAACUAGAUAAACAAAUAGAACGAUUGGGUCAGACUACAGACGGAGCCGGUCCAUCAACCGUAUCUUUAGAUAAGAAAGGACCGGUGCAAAAUAUGCCGAGGAUCCCCAAAUCCCUAACGGUAAUCCCUCAGACAGUCCGUAAGUCUUCAAGGCCUCCCAGUCCCGUAUUGUACAUAACCCCAAAGAAUGGCGCGUCUAAUUCUAGCGGAAGUAGUAGCAGCACUAACAAACCCUGAUUUUACUUGGUUAAUUUCCGAUUUUUAAAUCGUUAAGUGCCUAAUUUGAGAUUUUCGUAAUAUCAUGUGUCGUUGUUAGUUAUGUAAUACAGAGUGCGUAACAAAGCUCAUAACAAAUUGGAAAAUAUUAUUAUUCGAUUAUGUCAUGUGGCAAUUGCAAACUCAAUUGGGCGGCCUUAAGUUACGAAACUCCGCAUAAAAGAAUAUAAUCCUUCCCAUAUAAGCAAUGAGAGGAUUCCAGUAUUCCCAUUUGUUACGAACUUUUUGUUACAACCUGUAUAAACAAAUUUUAUGCUUAAAAACCGAGUCAAUUGUAUAAACUGAGGAGAAAAAAUGUUCAAAUUAUCAUGAUAGAUAAUUUUUGCGUUAUAACAGAUUAUUUUCUUAGGUAUGUUGAAAGGUAUCUAGGCAAUAAUUAAAAAAGAACCAAAUUUCAGCCUUUCGGUCAGGGUCGGAUUAAGCGUUUAAUUUAGAACAAAUUUGAAUUGAAGAACGCGCGUGUUUAUAAUCAGUUUAUUUUGACUUCACAAAGUUACAUAUUUUGUAACCUAGUUAUUUCUUAUUCUGUAAUUUUUCUUUAUUUAUUUUCUGUAAUUUUGAGAAGUUUUUAUGAUAUUUUUUUAUAAAUCUCAUAUAGAGGUCUUUCAUUUCAGAGGUCACUCUGAUGACUGAUCUUUUUUCGAUCAUACAUGUCAUUUUAAAGAUCUAUGUUUUAAUGACUGACAAAGCGUAUUCGUUUACACAGGGUCGCUGAUAUUUAUGGUAACGGUCGAUUAUUAGGUAAAAUAUACAAGGUACCUCAAAAAGUUAAAUACAUAA